AUGUUAGAUGACACAGACGACGAUGACAAUACAUUAGACAUUCUGGCUCUGGUUCUGGCUUCGGUGUCCAACGAACACACAAUACUAUAUAGAGCAUGCCAUCUUCGAAAUAACAGAACGCUUGAACUUAUAUUCUAUGUGGUCGCUGGACUUUGCGACCCGCUGACCCAGCCUGGAGAAACCGAUGAGAUGGUCUUGAGUAUUGACUGUUUGGCAGACUUGGUAAUGGCCUUAUCAUACAGAGUGCUUCUAGCUGAAGAAAGUGGGAAGAAGGAAGCCAAGAAUUCCAAAAAUGCUCAUGCAAAUAAUGCAAACGAUAUUAACGAUGCUAAAGAUCUUGACGAUUUCAAAGACUCCAACGACCGUGACGACGCGAAACGUGUCAACGGCAACCUGGUUAAAGAUGCAAGUGAAACAGCUGAAGCGAAAGUCUCCUCUGAUGGACCAGCUGACGAAGCGGUCAGCGAUCAAAAUCCAAAAGUUGAAUCCAACACAAAUGAUUCAAGUACCACUAUAGACCUAACCCCCACACACGACCAGAGCGCAGCCGUGGCGCUGCUUCGCUUUACGCUAUCGCUUAGGCUCUUUGAGAUUCUCGAGGCGGCGCAAAAAGUGCUUCGUGCAGAUGAUGAGCUUCGUGUGCGCUACCUCCAGAACGAUAAAGAGCAGCUUGACGAGUUGAGCUCUUUUUGGCUUCCGCAGGUCGGCGAUAGUGAUGCGAAAAUCCUCUACUACAUGUGCAGCGUCAUAAUCUUUGUCUUGUACAAGCUUUUUCCCAGCAAACCUUACAAUGUGGCUUUGAACCCGUACACAGAUUACUUUCUCCGCUUAUGGAAAACGCACACGAGCAUAGUUGCAUUGGCAUUGGAAAUGGACCGGGAGUUGGAAGAGGAAGCAUGGUCUGUCCAAGGAGAGUACUUUGACACGCCAGAAAAUGUCAAGCGAGCGCUUCUUGGGCUGAGCGCCAUUCGUACAGUUUUAGCAUAUGUUCUCAACCAGGCACUGCCGCCGGUCCAUGAUGACAAUGGACAGAAGAAAAAUAGGGAACACGACUUGAAAAACCUCCCCAUGCUUGAUUUUUUCCAUCCUCUUUCGCGUACAGCGCGUCAUUGCGGCGCUUUGGUUGCCGACGAAAGAUUAUGCAUGGUCGUUCUGCUUAUACUUGGGUCCAGGCAACUGUAUUCUGUCCAACUGGAACAGGAGGUGACGUUUCCCCUCUUCGAUGUUGAAGAUUACAACUUCCGCCGAAACGCCCGGCAGUCAUUUUUGGGUGCUGCUGGUGACCUAAUUGUAGACACUUAUCACGGCGACCAGUUCGAUGAGGACAUCAAAUACGUAUUUGGAUACUACGAUUCCGAUGAGGAAAGUGAGGCGGCGCUGGAAAUGGAAGACGUGGCUAUGGCACUUCGCACAAAGAAUGGGAUAGAGUUUGACGAUAAUGGCCGUGAUUGGCGAGAUUGUGUCAGAGGGGAAAACGUCGAGUUUACCGAAGAAUUCUUGGAGCUUGAUGCGCGGUAUAAUGCGCUCGUGGAGAAAAGCAGCUCUAACGAUUUCAUUGGCACGUGGGACGACGUAAAGAAAGCGUUGGAGUUUUUGGAACAGCUAGAUAUGGAAAACUCAGCAACUUUCUUAGAGAAAAUGGGGCAGGUCUACGCCAACACGAUUGCCAAGGCUAUCAAAGACGAGGACACAGAAACUGACUGCGACAUAAACCCAGAUAAGCUCUACAAAUUCUUUGUCUCGCCUGCACCAGCCAUGUUUCUAGACGGAACACACCAGCGGAAAACAUAUCUUAUUCAACUUCGAAGGGUAACCAAUUUCGAGCUUGUGCUUGUCAACAACCCUACGAUCGCAUUUUCCAUGCUUGAUGAGCUUUUUAUGUGUCCUGGCCUUCGACGUUCUCUUAUCUGGUACUUGACGCAUGGAAUCAACCUCCACAUGUCACUCAUCAAUUAUAUAUACGAGUUGGCUGUUGGGCUUCGUGGAAACAAUCCAGACAGACCAUCGAACCUUCGCUUCUCACGAAAAGGGGGGCUGUUGGUAUUGUCCCCAAUCGAGCGGCUGAUGCUAUUGCAUGAGUUCUUUAUGAGUGCGAGUUGCUGGCUAUUCCAAGGGGAGUUUGACAGCUCUACAGAACUCCCUGAACUGCGGGCAAAAAAGUUGGUGAGCUACAUGUGUUUGAUGAUUCUGAUGCUCAUAAGCCGUAAAGUCAUUGUCUUUGAUCGGUCUGACGCAGAUUUUUUUGAAGACUAUUCGCAAGACCUUCAGGUUCUCUUAUUCCCUUGGAUAGGCAAAGUUCCUGAGGCACGGGAGUUGUUCUUUUCCAUUAAGAAGCAAAUGUAUCCAAGCGAACCGGCGCAAAUUGAAAAUCUGACCGAACCAGCAGAACGCCCAAAUAAUAUCCAUGAGGCCUUGGAGGACUUGGAAAAACUCUCAGAUAAAGAAAUUUACAAGUACGCAGUCACUGACAAGGCCAUGGAUGUUUUCACGGAUUUUGCUCGCCGCAUCUUUUACCAUAUUUGUAAACAGCACAACAUAACCAUCAAAGAAAGCGACUUCAAUGUUACAACCCUGGCAAACGACGACUUUGCACUCUUUUUGGCAAACUACAACCAAUUGGCUCGAUGCAAUCAUUUUGUGCUUCUUCUUUUCGAUCUUCUCAGACCAGAAGUCAUUGGAGAUCGACCAGGGAGAGAAGAGGAAGAGGACGAAGGAGAAGAGGACACGAGGGAUCAUGUUGUCGAUUCGGAAUUCAAUGAUGAGUUUCUCAACGGAGAAGGCCAAUUCCAAGAAAGGAUAAGCGUGGAGAAGAAGAAAAAGACGAAAAAGAAAAAGAGUAAGAAGAAGAAGAAGUAA